AAAAUAAAAACAAGUAAAAAUAAAAGUUUCCCUAUUUCUCGGCACCUCAAAAAAUCAGCAACGUAGUUUCAAUUCGAAAAAGGAAAAUUCAAAGAAAUCUCUGAUCCCGCACGAACAUGUCGGCCCGUGAAUAUUUAAAUAUGUUCCUGCGGAAGUAAGUGGCGCACAGUUGUCAUUUUCUGUGGAUUAAAUUUACCAUUUCCGCCAGUCUUUGCUCUGUGUGCGAGAAAACUUUAGAACGAUGGUCUACGUACGGAGAUUUAACGAAGUGUGAUGAAAUAGCGGCUGUUCGUGUUUCUUGACAAAUUCAAGUGUGAUCAUCGUUCUCUUUAGUUUCCAAAAAAAGACCAACUCAGGAUUUCUUCACUCCCGACGAAAUACUUGCAUGUAAAUAAUCAAAAUGUUCUCACUCCAGUCCCACAAUCAGGUGUUGUAUCACCUAACACAGCUGACGAAUGGCUUUAGACCAACAUCCUCUUCUUUCGCGGUAAGAGUUCAACAACAACGCAAUGAACCUAGUUGCAAUAUCCCCGAAAUACUUUGCCAGGAAAGUUUUAUAGAGGCAACAAGAAAUUGUACAGAACUACCAGUAGAAGUAUUAAAAAUCGACGACCUACCAAGUCUUCUCCGGCUAGAUGGCAAUCACAGAAAGCUCCAGUUGGAGCAUUUGCUUGAAGUAAAAAUGACAAAAAGAACGAGAAAGCGAAACAAAUGGAACGUUUCGUACAUAUCAGGCGCGAGUUUCGCAGAAAAUAAAAAAGGCUUUCCACCCCAAAUCGCCGACUCGAUGACGAUAUUCUCGAUAAAACCAGUACAUGGAAUCCUUCGCAAUCCAAACAUUCAAAAUUUUCAAAUUCGCGGCUUCAAGUCCCAGCGGAGCAUUAAAUCCGAUUUGGAAAGCAACUCCACUCUGGGCGCAAAAAUCAUGAAAUGGUUUGGCGCUUUUCCGGGCCAGCAGGACAAAGGCGGCGCUUUGAAUUUGAGCCGAGACCAUGAAUUCCAGGCGCUGAAAAGUGUGAUGAAGAGAGGCGAAGCGACACCGGAUGAUCGAGUCAAGUUGGCUUUUGCGGAGGGAUAUUUGGAGGGUCAUUCACGAAAGUCGCCCGAACGAUUUUUGAGUUGGAUCAGAGCUCUUCAGUCUAUCAUCUCCUUCAGCUUGUUUCUAUUUAUCAUCAUGAUAAUCGCCUACAAAUUGCGCUCGAACGACGGGAACAUGUUCAGGUUUCAGUUUGGCGACCACCUGGAGGUCGAUGCGGAAAUGGUCCGUGUUACUUUCAGUGACGUUAAGGGUAUCGAUGAAGCAAAAGGAGAACUCCAAAGUGUGGUUGACUAUUUGAAAAAUCCGGGAAAAUUCACAGCCUUGGGUGGAAAAUUGCCCAAGGGAGUUUUGCUCUCAGGUCCUCCAGGAACGGGAAAAACUUUACUCGCUCGGGCAGUUGCGGGCGAAGCAGGAGUUCCGUUUUUCCAUGCAGCGGGUCCCGAGUUUGACGAGGUUCUCGUUGGUCAGGGCGCAAAAAGAGUUCGAGAUCUGUUCAAGGCAGCAAAAGAAAGAGCGCCAUGUGUUAUUUUCCUUGACGAAAUUGACUCAGUUGGUUCACGUCGCACAAAUUCCGUCCUACAUCCUUACGCGAAUCAAACCAUAAAUCAACUCCUCUCCGAGAUGGACGGUUUCCACCAAAACGAAGGCGUGAUCGUUUUGGGCGCGACAAAUCGGCCCAAGCAGUUGGAUCCAGCUUUGCUGCGACCUGGACGCUUCGAUGUUCAAAUCGACAUUAACAGGCCGGAUUUUAUGGGCCGAAAGGACAUUUUCAAUCUCUAUCUUACAAAAAUUAUCCAUCGAGAUCUCGACGUCGAAAAGUUGUCGAAAGCGACGAUUGGUUUCACUGGAGCAGAUAUUUCAAAUAUGGUAAAUCAAGCAGCUCUGCGGGCAGCGCUGGUGGGAGCCGAUCGAGUCACGAUGACCCACAUGGACUACGCGAAGCAAAAAAUAAUUAUGGGACCGGGAAGAAAAAGAGCAAUGGACGAGGAAAUUAACCGUAUUGUUGCCUACCAUGAAAGUGGACAUGCGCUUGUUGCUUUUCACACCAAGAACGCUCAUAAUCUUUACAAAGUGACGAUUCUCCCCGCGGGACAAAGUUUAGGCCACACGUCGCUUCUUCCAAAAAAAGACAUGGAUAGUUACACGAAAACAGAGUUGUUGGCUAACAUGGAUGUUUGCAUGGGUGGCCGUGCAGCAGAAGAACUCAUUUUUGGUUCAGACAAAGUGUCCUUAGGUGCUUUCGGCGAUUUCACGGCGGCAAAUAAAAUUGCUGAAGACAUGGUGACAAAGUUCGGAAUGUCCGAAAAGUUUGGCUUCCGGGUUCUUAGUAAUGGAAAUAAAUCAAAUAAACUAAUCGAGAGCGAAGUGCGGAAUCUUCUUCAGGAAUCCUACGACCGAGCGAAAACGAUCUUGAAGGAACAUCCGAAGGAACUGAAAAUGUUGGCGGAAGCACUUUUAAAAUACGAGACCCUGGAGUUUGAAGAUGUGAAAAAUCUCCUGAGCGGUAAGAAAAUGAAGGUGGAGUCUGCGCCCGCACCAAGAAAAAUUACCGAUAUUACUGAGGACGUCCCCGUUGACGCGCCAAAAAACGUUCUUUAACUUAAAAAAAAACAAAGG